CGCCCCCGCUCCGCGCCGCCGCCCGCGCCCGCGGCCCGCCCGGCGCUCCCGGGGCCCGUGACCCUGCCCGGGGCGCGGGGCCGAGCGGGCAUGGCCCGCCGGGGGGCCGCCGCGCUGGCACUGGCCCUCGCGCUGCUGGCGGUGGUCCUGGCCGGGGUGGGCGCCCAGGGCGCAGCCCUCCAGGCCCCGGACUACUACGUGCAGGAGACCUGGAGCCGGGAGCCCUACUACGCGCGCCGGGAGCCCGAGCCCGAGCCCUUCUCGCCGCCGCUGCCCGCGGGGACCGGGGACGGGGAGCGGGAGCCGCGCCCGCCGGAGCCCAGGCCGCCCAAGAAGGCGACCAAGCCCAAGAAAGCGCCCAAGAGGGACAAGUUGGCUCCGGAGACGCGUCCACCAGGUAAAAAUAGCAACAGAAAAGGCGUGAGGACUAAGAGCUCUGAGAAGGCUGCCAACGGUGAUCACAGCGUUCCCGUGGCCCGUGGUGAUGUCAGCAAGGGUUGCCCACCUCUUGGUCUGGAAACCUUAAAAAUCACAGACUUCCAGCUUCAUGCAUCUACUUCCAAGCGCUACGGCCUCGGGGCGCAUCGAGGGAGACUCAACAUCCAGGCAGGUAUUAAUGAAAAUGACUUUUACGAUGGGGCGUGGUGUGCAGGAAGGAAUGACCUCCAUCAGUGGAUUGAAGUGGAUGCUAGACGUCUGACCAAAUUCACUGGUGUCAUCACUCAAGGAAGGAACUCACUUUGGCUGAGUGACUGGGUGACCUCCUACAAGGUUAUGGUGAGCAAUGACAGCCAUACAUGGGUCACUGUUAAGAACGGAUCUGGAGACAUGAUAUUUGAAGGAAACAGUGAAAAGGAGAUCCCUGUCCUCAACGAGCUGCCCGUCCCCAUGGUGGCCCGCUACAUCCGCAUCAAUCCACGGUCCUGGUUCGACAACGGGAGCAUCUGUAUGAGGAUGGAGAUCCUUGGCUGUCCACUGCCAGAUCCAAAUAACUAUUAUCACCGAAGGAACGAAAUGACCACCACUGAUGACCUGGAUUUUAAGCACCACAACUAUAAGGAAAUGCGCCAGCUGAUGAAGGUUGUGAACGAAAUGUGCCCCAACAUCACCAGAAUUUACAACAUUGGCAAGAGCCACCAGGGCCUGAAGCUGUAUGCCGUGGAGAUCUCCGACCACCCUGGGGAGCAUGAAGUCGGUGAGCCGGAGUUCCACUACAUCGCAGGGGCCCAUGGCAACGAGGUGCUGGGCCGAGAGCUGACCUUGUUCCUGAUGCAGUUCCUGUGCCAAGAGUACUUGGCCCACAACGCGCGCAUCGUCCACCUGGUGGAGGAGACCCGGAUUCACAUCCUCCCCUCCCUCAACCCCGAUGGCUACGAGAAGGCCUACGAAGGGGGCUCGGAGCUGGGUGGCUGGUCCCUAGGGCGCUGGACCCACGAUGGCAUCGACAUCAACAACAACUUUCCCGACUUAAACACGCUGCUCUGGGAGGCAGAGGACCGACAGAACAUUCCAAGGAAAGUUCCCAAUCACUAUAUUGCAAUCCCUGAGUGGUUUCUGUCUGAAAAUGCCACGAGUUUUGCUGUUAUUCAGCUCGUUGCUUAUGUCGUAGCAACUAGGUUGUCAGCAACUAGAUUAGAUCGUCUUGUCGCAUUUUCCACUGUCUGGGUGCUGCCGAGUGUAUACUUAUCAUGUCAUGUAACCUAUUCUUCUGUGUUUCCGGUGGCGGUAGAGACCAGGGCUGUCAUAGCGUGGAUGGAAAAAAUCCCCUUUGUCCUGGGCGGCAACCUGCAGGGGGGCGAGCUGGUGGUGGCGUACCCCUACGACAUGGUGCGGUCCCUGUGGAAGACACAAGAGCCCAGCCCCACGCCCGACGACCACGUGUUCCGCUGGCUGGCCUACUCCUACGCCUCCACGCACCGCCUCAUGACCGAUGCCAGGAGGAGGGUGUGCCACACAGAGGACUUCCAGAAAGAGGACGGGACUGUCAAUGGGGCCUCCUGGCACACUGUCGCCGGAAGUCUCAAUGAUUUCAGCUACCUUCACACCAACUGCUUCGAGCUGUCUAUCUACGUGGGCUGUGACAAGUAUCCGCACGAGAGUGAGCUGCCCGAGGAGUGGGAGAAUAAUCGAGAGUCCUUAAUCGUGUUCAUGGAGCAGGUCCAUCGCGGCAUCAAAGGUGUGGUGAGGGACUUCCAUGGGAAAGGAAUUCCGAAUGCCAUUAUCUCUGUGGAAGGCGUUAACCAUGACAUCCGAACAGCCAGCGAUGGGGAUUACUGGCGCCUCCUGAACCCCGGAGAGUAUGUGGUCACAGUCAAAGCCGAAGGGUUCACCUCAUCCACCAAGAACUGCAUGGUCGGCUAUGACAUGGGGGCCACGCAGUGUGACUUCACACUCAGCAAAACCAACCUGGCCAGGAUCAGGGAGAUCAUGGAAAAGUUCGGGAAACAGCCCAUCAGCCUGCCAGCCAGGCGGCUGAAGCUGCGGGGGCGGAAGAGACGACAGCGCGGGUGACCUCCCAACACUUGAGACCUGUCCCGGACCCGUGCAAAUUAAACUACCCCCAGUUGUAGCUCCAUAGAGGACUCGCUCCCUAUUGUUUUCUCUGUAAUUCACGAAGGCCUGGGAGAAUGUGUGUAUUGAAAGCCUGGUCCCGAGGGGAGGGCUGAAAGCUUAGGAUAUUUGUUGUUGUCUUUGUCCCAUUUAUCCAAAUAACUCAGAUCAGCAGAGAAAGGCUGGUAGGAGUGAGAAUUCAGCAACUCAACCUGAGAAUUAGAGACAGAGAGGGGGUUUGCCAGCUCGGGGUCUCCUGGCUGCACCGGAAGGGAAGCCGGUGCUCCCCUCCCCCUACUUGCUUGUGUUAGAUCACACGGAAUAGAACAUUUCCGUGACUUCCAAGGCUUGUGACAGCAAGAGGUCCUCGUGCAUUUGCAUUUUGCGUGGCUCCAGUUGCAGCACUCCUGGGGCCCUGCGGUGCCAGAAGUUACCAUCUGAGAUGCUCACGGGCAUUCUGACAGAACCCACCCUCUCUGGCCCCGGGACAUUCCAAGCUGCCACAGAUUAAUUCCAUGCUCUGUUGACAACAGAGCCAUUACCAAGUGAGCAUCUGUGAGCCUCUUGAAUCCAUAUAGUCCCCCUUUCCACAAAGGACUGUGUUUAUAAAAGGAGAAAAAUGCUGAACUAGUUCACCAGUGAUUGGUGGGCAGCCGGAGUGCAGGGUCCACAGAGAACCCCCAGGCUCCCUGCUGGUCCAGCAGCCCCGGGUGCCGCCCUGGACAGGGACAAGCAGAAGAAGGCGCCCUUCCCAAGGGAGUCGAUCACUCAGCCUGGCUCCCCUCUUUGACCUGCAGGACUCGAGAAGGGCCGGAGGGAGGCUGACUUGCAACCCUCUCUCUGCUCAAGAUGUUCCUCCUUUCAUAGAAAUGAGCGCUCAUAAGUUGGCCUAACAUCACCAAGGGAGUUAUUUUUGAUGUGUGGGAUGCCAGACCUUCCACUUAGGCCAAAUGUGAUGAAAAGCUCUUAGAGUUAUCUGUGGAAUAUUGGUUUGGGAGGGGUGAUACAAGAAAACACUUUGUCUUCUUUGUAUGAACGUUGCUGCCUCACUGACCUGGGGAGAGUAAGAAGAAUAAAGCAAGCUGAUGGUGAGAUCCUUCCAGCGUGUGGUUUUCCUGGGCAGACUCGCCACCACCCAAAUGCCAUGCCCACUGCCUCUCCCUGAGGUCAGUCCCUCCAGAGGCGGUGCCGGCCUGGGGAGGGGUACCCUGUGCCCCUCACCAAGCUUGGUACUGCUGCUGACAGCUGUGUGUCUCCUGCCUCCUUCCCAGGGGAGCCACGUGCCUGGGUAAAAUCAUCCUGAUGCUGGGCAGCCACUGGUGACUGCUGGGGAUGCCAGCGAGCAUCUUUCCAGAAAAGAUCCUUAUGCAGCUUUCCGACCGUCUACCCCAGAGAUGGCAAACUUGCCUUAUAAAGGAUCAGGUAGUAAAGAUUGCGGGCUUUGCGGCCAGUUUCGGUCGCAGGUACUCAGCUCGGCUGCGGUAGCUCAGAAGCAGACAGGCAUGUAAUACACCAAAGAGCAAGCGUGGCUGUGUUUCAAUAAAACUUUAUUUACAAAAACACGUGAUAGUUGGAUUUGAACCCCCAGGCUGGGGCACAGCUCGCUGACCCCCAUUCCAAAUCAGCACUAUGCAAUAGAACUUUCCAUGGUGAUGGAAAGGUUCUAUUCCGUGCGAUCUAACACAGUAGCCCCUGGCCGCGUGUGGCUAGAGAGUGCUGGAAACGUGGCUCGUGCAACUGGGGGCCAGAAUUGCUGGU